AGUGGCUGAAACAUUCACGAACGACACAGUCGGUCGGUCGCUAACGGAGUUCGCUUCAAAAUUUCAUUCUUUCGGCGUCGUUCUCCUCUUCACGGGUUGGGGGCUUCGGCAAUUAACGGUGUCUUUUGCUUGAAACGAUUUAUGCAAAUCAAAGAGAUAUCAAUAUCAAUUUGGCUCCAUAAAUAUCAUAGCCCGUUUGGACCAUAAAAAACGACCAUAAAACGGCCAACUGUGAGGUAAAAACUAUUUUCCACUUUAGGCUGGACAAAAGCGUGAACAAAUCUGCACACAAAAGAUGUGCUAACCAUGUGAAAAACGUUAUAAAUAAAUAUAAUUCAAACUAUAUUUGAUAAACUCUGGCAUCCUACGGAAGCCGCAACCACACAGCCAGAGGGAGAGAGCGAAAUAAUCCCAACAAUUCCUACAUAAUAAAUCACAUAAAAAACAUGCUACAAUGGAGCUGAUAAAAAAGUACAAACAGGGAAAGCUCACAACUGGCGAUAUACGCAAUCUGAACCACACCGUGAUAUGUCUUAUGAUACUCGUUGCAAUAUUCUCCAUUAUAUGGAGCAUUUCGCUGCACAUGAUAUCGGGGGAUCUGUACGAGGGAAUUGUCAGUGCCAAACUCAUCUUUCGUGAGCGCAACUUUGAUCAAAUGGAUAAUCGCAGCAAGGAGAUUCUACAUCGGGAUUACAUCAAGGCCACACAGCAGGCCUAUGGAGCUAAAUAUUCCGUCCAGGAUGUCGCACCCGAAUCGCUGCAGAGCGAGAGCCAACCCACAAAGCCAACCUUCAAGAUCCCACAUAUCUACGAGUCGAGGGAGAACCGCCCCAGGUUGGAGCGUCUCAUAGCUGACAAUAAAGAGGAGCAAUCGCAGACCACCACGCAGGCGCCAACUCCAAAAAUUGUCUUCAAUGCGGAGGCAGAUCGUCAGUUCCUCGCCAGCAUGGCCCUCGAUGCACAUGCCACGUUUUGGAAUCCCGGCAUUGGCGCACAAUUUGUCUAUGCAUUUCCUCUCAUAUCAGAGAUUGUGGCCAUCAUCUGGACAGCCAUGUGCCUGAUCUUCCAGACGGGCAGCAAAAAGAAUUCUGUCCUGCCCAAACCCUGGCGCAUUGUAGUGCCUUCCAUCAUCAUUUUCUCCGUUAUGAGCCUGGGAAGUGUACUCUACACCAUCCUAACCAACGGACACCUGAAGCAAUUGUGCGGACAACUGCGCGAGAAUCUCACCGAUCCCACAGCCAUCAGCUGCGGGGAUGCCAUCGCCCUGCUGCGGCCCAUCGUCCAUGAGCACAAUGUCUCCCAUGACACGUAUCUGCAGCUCUUCCGUUGCAGCUAUGUGAUCGGCAUGGUGCUGUGGCUCAUGGCCCUGCUGGUGAUGGUGCUGCGGUUCAUCUUCGCCGUGGACUUUCAGCUGGUGGACAUCGAUGAGAUGUUCGAGCAUCGGCCGAGCACCGUUUUCCAGACUCCCAUUCAGCCCGUCUACAGGGAGAUAGUGCAGCAGAGCAGUCCGCAGCAUCAGCAGCAGACGCAGCAGACGCAGCUGAGGCCCAGGUCCGAGGAGGACUAUCAGAGUGCCAGGUCGCACUUGAGUGAAGUGGCGCUGCCGCUGCUGGAUGGACAGCCACAAGUCUCGGUUCGAGCCACCAGUUUGGCCUAAGGCGUGGCAGCAGAAUUGGCAAUCUCAGGUUUAUAUUUAUUCUUACAUCGAG